AUGAAUCGCGUUCUAAAUAACGCUUGUCCUUUCGAUGCUCUCGAAGCUGACGGUGAGCUCGUAACGAGCUUGAACACUGCGUCUACUUUCUGGCAGCUAGGAGUCCACCUCGCUGAGGAUCCAAGCAACGACACCGAGCGGGUGCAACUCUCGUCAACGAGCACGGUUUCGGCUCGUGACUUCUUCACGACGGCAGCUGUUCGGAAUGACACAAUGAUCAACUCGGGUGUGACAUUCGAGAUGGUCAUCAGGCGCCGUGCCGUAGCUAACCGCAGCAUGACGCUAUUCUCCAUCGCCAAUGAGUACGACAGCUGCGUGGACCCUGGCUUUCGCCUCGACUUGAACGAGCAUCAAGUGCUAGCGUUUGUGUACUUCUUACCCGUGCUAGAGGACGGUGGCGAAGCAGGAGUUGAGGCGUGCUAUGAGCAGCGGCUCUUUUCAGUGGACAACUCGGCAGUAUGCCAACUUCCGCCUCUCCAAGAACCUGUUGAACGAACGCCACCUGUACAGAUCAUUGUCACGUUGGAUCCGUCAAGCGACAGAGGCAUGUGGAAAACCGACUUCUACAUGAGCUACACGGAUCUCGAGACAGGUCAACGAGUUGAUUGCGUCGUGCACGAUGAACAGCAUCCACCCGACGCUCGGAUCCUCAACAAACUCGUUGAAGGUCGGUAUCGACUCUACGUGGGCAACAGCCCUCGCAACGUUGCUGCGCCACGACAACGGAAGCGUCUGGCCCCUGCGCGUGACAUUCAGCUUCUUGGAAACACAAGUCAUCUGAACGCUACCGAGCGGCUCCGUGCAAAGCUGAAGCAGAAACUGAUGAGGAUCAAAGGACCGCGUUUGCCAAAGGCUAUGCGGAUCUUCGGGGACAACUCGCUAUCGCUGGACAUUUUAGGAAUCACGUUCCCACCGCUGAAUGAGGACACGCCACUAGCUUAUCUCCGCAGCAAGCUUGCAGAAUUGAAGCAGCAGCAUGGCGACGAGAUCGUCGACUACCUCGUAUCGUUGGUACAACAAAAGAUGAAGGAUCCUGUCGUUGCACAGCAAUCCACAUCAUCGAGCGAUCAAAGUCGUAGCGGCAGUGACGACUUCUCGAGAGCUGCGCUUUUCCAAGGUGCAGCCAGCGCGACGUUUGACGUCUUUCAUUUUGCCAUCUACCGUCGUGUGGUGUCGGAAGACCAAGUGCAUGCGAUUACAAAGCAGCGACUGAUGCCAUCUCGAGAGUUCCCAUCGAGAGAGCAAACAGUGCGAAUGCGUGAGGACACCACCGUCCUUUUGAACCUCACGAUGCUUCAUGGCGUUUACGAUGACUUGCGCUUAGAGAUACGUGACCUACCCGAGUUUGGACAGCUGCUGCUGUAUCCGAACAAGACGAAAGUCGAUCAAAAUAACGAGAACCUUCCGUUGCCAAACCCCGUGGCAUUUUCACGGAGGCUGAUGCCAUACGCGACGGUCAAGUUUGGCAUUGCCAACAGUUUGGCAGGACGGGUCGUCAACAAGAGCAUCGAAGCGAAGUUUGAUAUAUUCGUAGAUGCGGUAAACGAUGCCCCACGUCCUCGGAAGUAUGCGCUGGAAGUUCACAUUGAGGCUGGUGUUCCUGUUUCUUUGAAUUUGGAAGGUGAUGAUAGCGAUGGAUCUCCUCCAGCCAUCACGUCAAAUGCCAGUGUACCGGAACCGAAGGAUCUGCUGUCGAGACUCACGUUUCGAAACGCAACAGUCGUUGUCUCGAACCUGCAGAUGCUGAAAGUCGUGCGACUGCCGCAGUUUGGCACGUUAUUUGAUUGUAGAGUCCGCUGUAGUGCGUUGGAUGUCGAGCAGAACGAGGAUCGACAGUCCUUGUCUCCCAGUCGGAUCUAUCGAAAUAGUACGUACAUGGAAAACGCAACGCAUUCCACUCACCUACUGUACAUCUAUCGCGGCUUGGAACAGAACAAGUAUGUGCGGAACGAGAAUGCUUCCUCCGUAGUUGAUCAGCUGUGGUACAGAUUAUCGGAUGGAGAACCUGGUGUGUUCUCAGCAGUGGCUAAGGUCAGCUUCAUCCUCGAGAAUACAACGAGUCGUUCAGUAAACCUCAAAGUACUUGCAGCCGUCCAAGUUGAGGAAGACUCGCUCCGAGUACUGGAUCUGCUCACGCUAGAUCCUCUGGCUGCAUUUGCCAAUGUCGCAACACGACUCAGAGUAACAACACUGCCACGGCAUGGAACUCUUUUCCAGUACAACAAUCAGGACAGCGGCAAUAUCAGCGUGCUUGGUGUACCCUUCGAGUCUGUUGGACCACGCAUCUCGACGCCCGGAGACACUGUUUCAGACUACCACGGCAAGGUGAUCUACGCGCCUGAACUGGAUUACUUCAACAUGGAGUCGAACAUGUCGCUCCGAGCUGCAAUCGGCGUUGACUACUUCGAGUACCAAGUCCUCCACACGACGGUCCCGCGUAAUACCUCGCUGCUGGUACAUGAAAAGUCACCGAGCGCAUCGUAUGUCAAUGGCUCAGUAGUGCGCAGAAUCGAGUUGGGAGUUGUGAACGUGCCUGACGCCAUAGUUGUGCUUCCUCCGUUCGCAUUCACUACCAACUCGUCGUUCGACAAGCCGGUUGCAACACCGAUUGCGUUCGGGGACCCCGACAGCACGGACUUGGACGAUCUGUAUCAAGUGAACCUCGAAGCCGUAGACGGCGUAUCGGAGUUCGAGCUGGGGUUUGCUAUCACCAACGAUGACAUCAUGAUCUGGUGCUCCUUCGGGCGCCCGUGCACACUAUUACGAAGCGCAAAUGGAUAUUUCGUCAACACGAGCUCAAGUCCGAGCAAUGAGCUGCGGUUCCAUAUCGCUACGCAGCUCUACGAUCCUUCACACAUUCAGGUUAUCGGAACCAAAAGCGUACUCAGUGAGGCGCUCUCGGCGCUCACGUUUCGCGACUUGUCGGGUAUCGCCAGCUCCCACGCAGUAGAAUUCGUGCUGUGGAUCAAGCGAGUCGACAAGGAAACGAGUGCUGCUGACGCGCGUGAAUGCGAAGUUGCGUUUACAGUCACUUUCCCGACAAACGAUCGAAGUGACUCGAUCGCUGAGGAGAACGUGGUUUCCAUGUUGACCUCAAAACUGAAGCGAUACAUCUCCACUCUGCUCGUCCUCCUUGCGGGAUGUCGAAUGCGUAAGAAGCAGCGACAGAAGCUUGAGCAAAAGCAGCGGCUGUUCCAGGCGCAAGUGGCGCAGAAUGACUAUGAGUACUCGGUGCUGCUCAUGGAUCUAGCGGACUUGCUUCUGGCGCCAAACUUGCGGGUGAGCGUGUGUCUGCUAAAGUGUUGUGUGGACGCUGACGCCUGUCAGACGCAGGCAGAGAUGCUGACGCAGGCGUUUGUACUGCGAAGUCUACUGCCGGUGCUAGAAACCGAACGCCAGGGAACGCGAUUUGUCUUCCAGCUUAUUGCAGCCGAAUACUGCGCCACUACGAGCGAAACGCCGCGAGUUCGGCGUUACAGAUUCCUACGAGGGCAUAGCACCGCUAGCAAAGCGCUUGCUUGUUUCUGCCGUAUCGUGGGAAGCAAGUGGACUGCACAAGUGCUGGUGCAAAGUGAUAACACGGCUCCAUCAGAUUGCAACGACACCGACUUGGAGCUCGAACGUCUACUCGAUAGACUCGUCGUGCACGUCGAAGCACUUCCAACUGAACUUGUGAUCUUAUGCCGCGCGUGUGCCAAGUUGUUCCAGGAAGGCGAAGCUGCUCAAAGUCGCGAGCUGGAACUGUAUGCAAUGCAUCUUGUGUUCUUCAACCACUUUCUCGGGCCAGCGCUGCUGUUUCCACGAGAGACCGUGUCUGGGUUUAGUCCGUCACCAGAACUGCAAACCACGUUGCAAGCUGUAGCGCAUGAACUUGCAGGCUUCGCCGACCAAUGGAUCACCUCCACCACCAUGAACGACAGCUCGCGAUGUCGAAGCACCAGCACUGACAGUCUCCUCGGGACCAUCUCAUCCGGGACUCGAAACGCUGCAAUGUGUCAAGACAAAUACGAAGCGGUGCUCGAAAGGAUCUCGCAGUCGGCGACACUUGCAAGCACAUACGAUCCGAACGAGACGAAAGGCGACAUUGACUGCGAGCUCAUGGGCUUUUGCCUCAUGAACAUCCACAGCUUACUCGACAGCUACGACCUCGACUUCAAGCAGCAGAUGCUUCAGACUCAAUCUGCAACAACUGUCAAGCAGACGCAAGACACACUCGCCCGUGUAUGCCGUCUACUAAAGGCACUUGGUCAGCCACUCGCUGGCAUGCACGAGUACGUCGAGUACGCACGACCAGAACUGUUGACCGAUCCGCUGCUCUGGACUGGCUUUAGCUUCGAGGAAUGGCGAGAGAGCGCACCGAUCUCGAAUCCGUCUGUGCCACGUGCAUUCUCCACGUCAACGACGCAGUGA